CCGUCCUUUAUUUCUAUGUGAAAGGUAAGAUGACAGCAUCAUAAUGUUGAACGUAUAUACGUAGGUACUGCUUCGAUGGUCCGUCAAUUCUCUUUCUUAUGGUUGUAAACAAUUCUCACGUUCUUUAACAAUUCUYAAUUUAGACUUCUCGUAGAGGCAGAUGCUGAUGAAGAAAGGRCUACACGCGAGAGGGAACAGCUUGACGAGAGUGUAUCCAGUGAUGAAUCAGUCGUUUCGAGACACCGCAAUAGCCUCGCCAAGAGUUGUAAAAACAUAUUCACUUCCUUCAGAAAACCUGAUAUCAGCCCUUUGAACACCUCAAUUCACCAGAUGAUGGAUAUUAGUAUUUCCCUCCAGAUUCACAAACGCCGAUCCAGUCAUGCACUUGUUGGUGCGUACUUGGAUAUAAAGGAACAAUCCAAUUCMAUCCGACACGCUAGCGACCUUGAUUCUGGUGAAAUCAACGAAAGCUACGCCGUUGAUGAUUGCGUUGCUGAAGUCAUCAAUGAGAAAAAAAGUGAUGACCGCCUUCAAAGAGUGUUUCAGAAGUUUGACAAAGAUGGAGAUGGUAUUCUGUCGGAAGCUGAUUUUGUGAAGGGUCUUGUGGCCAUUGAUUCUGCGCUGACCGAAUCAGAAGCCAAGAUAAUGUUCCGCGARGCUGACARUGAUCGCUCAGGUGCAGUAGACUAUAAUGAUUUCAUUGCAUUUCUAAAAAGAUUCCGAUACGAUCAACGAGUGAAGAUGCCUCCGAGCAAUCGGGACAACCGUGGAAUGAUCGUAGUACAAGCAAGCAAAGAAAAAUACUUUGGAGAGACUUUGCGAAAAUACAAUGCCGGGAAAAACAAAGUAAAAGACAUGGACUUCGUACUAGCUCAGAGUCAACACCUAGUCCAGGAGCUUUACGAAACACGCAUUGCAUCUAUGCAACGUUUCGUAGCCAUGUGCGUUUUUUUCCAUYACAUCAGUAAACGUGUCGAACGAUUCUUUGCAAGGAUAUCAUUCGGAUAYUGGGGGUAUAGACUUGACCGUACGCAUAGUAUCGUACGAAUUGCAACAACAGCCUCUCCUGUAAGGUGAGUAUAAUAUCGGCAAAGAAUAYUUUUCGUCUUCUCUCCCUUGCUCACAGCAUAUUUAUUAAUAUUUUCCGCUGUUAGUGGGUCUGAUGUACGACAACGGAUCGAUGGCUUGAGAUUGUUGAACAAGGUACUUCAUAGCGUUAGUGCAAUUGAAAAUGCAUAUUUAUCAUAUCGUGAACGAAAGGGAAGGAAAGAAAAUGAAGUAGAAGCAUAAUG